UGUGUGUGUGUGUGUGUGUGUGUGUGUGUGUGUGUGUGUGUGUAGGAGAUGGAAAAAGUUGACCAGCAGCAGCGAAAGCAACAACAAUAACAACAACAACAACAACAGCAACAACAGCCGUCCACGGGAAAGACCUUUCGUCGGAGCGCGGGUGGAUCUGGCAGGCGAGCGAUUCUUGUUCCCUAAAACUGGCCGAGGGCGAGUGAAAACAAAACGUACGUAAGUGACAGACGGUGAUCCGGAGAGGGAGGAGUAUAACGCACGCAUCGACGCGGAGGGUGACACAGGCGGCUCCGUUACGCUCUCGUGUGCGCGCCGCGAAGUAGUGGCGCCUUGAGGAAGAAUAGAAAACAGCAGCGACGCAUUAGAAAAACAGCGAACAUAAGUGGUCCCGCGUUGAGAGAAAACAAGAAAAUAACAACAACUGAUUACUUAAAGAGCGAACAUAAGGAGGAAAAUAAACAAGUGACACAUAUACGGAACAGUAAGUCUUAGUAUCUACAGGAAUAAAGAAAAAAACAGAAAAACGAGGCAAAUAUAUUCCUGCGGGAAGAAACAAGUGACUAUCAGAUAAACGGUGAAGCUAAUCUCUAUAUCAACAGGGCCACGGAAAACAGAGAAACACAUUACAAGCGAAAGGCGUUAAAGGAGACAAGUGAAUAUUAGAUCAACGGUACAGCGUCUCAAUAUCAAUACGAACUUAGAACAAAAAAAAACUAUUCAUAUUCGUCCGGGAGUGAGUAGAAACAUGAACAAGGGUGAGGGAAUACCAGACGCGAGUUAGUGAAAGUCUUUAGAGUCGUACCAACUUGGAAACAAAAAUAAGAAGGUAACGUAUUCCCAACAGAGUGAACGGAAGCGGUUAAACAGACAAGUGGCGAUCGAAAAUAAAGCGCAGUAACUCUAGCGACGCAGAGUCACAGAAAGACGCAGUUGGUUACGUAUGAGAUAAAGAAUAAGACACAGACGUAACAUAUUCCAAAGAACAAACUGAAGUGAUAAAACAGACGAGUGACAGAAGGAUUACAAAACACAGAACACGGAACACAUUUAAAAGUGAAAAUAAACUACACAAAACACAAAAUAACAGUGAUAAAAGUGAGAUAACAGUGAUCACAAUGUCUACCUCCACCACAAUCAUCACCACCACCACCACCACCGACACAGGAUCCCUCUCCCCCUCCCCCAAACACUCCUCCAUCUCCUCCUCCUCCUCCUUCCUCUCAGAUAAGCGCUCCUCUGACUCGCAAUCCUUAGACAGAAAGGAGGAAAAGGAGAAGACUGAGGAGAAGGAAGAGGAGAGCAAAGAGAUUACACCACAAGACGACCGCGACCCCCUGCCUCCUGUCGCCACACACAACCCUGCUCCGCGCUGCCACAGCCCGCCACAGCCUCCCUCUGCUGUGCCGGCCGCGCGGGGGACGCCGGGAGACUUCAACACAGCAGACUCGAGGCUCCCGGGCCCACCUGCUUCCCCCUGCUCCUGUGGCACCGGCAGGGAGGGCAGGGAGAGCAGGGACGGCAGGGCGCUAUCAUCGGAGACCAUGGCAAGUAAGCAGAAGGAUGAUAACACGUGGCUAGCGGGCGACGACGAGGCGGCGCUGAUAUUCCAGGAUGAUGAAAGGGAAGAAGGAAGCCAGUGGUGCAGGAGGAGGAGGAGGAGGAGGAGGAGGAGGGCGGAGGGUAAUGAAGGAGACGUAAUCAGCGAAGGAGUCAAGAAGCGGCCCUGCGGAACACCUCUCUGCGCCGCUGUGAUCCUCUCCCUCCUCUCCACAGCCUCAGCCAGCGUCAGCAACGACAUCCACGCCGGAAUUGGCAACAAGGACGCCCCGCAGUUCGGCGAAACCAUCCAGAACGUGACGGUGGCGGCGGGGCGCGAGGCGAGGCUCUCCUGCAUAGUGGACAACCUCGGCGAGUAUAGGGUCGGGUGGCUGAAGGUCGACUCUCAGACCAUCUUGACCUUGCAGAACCGCGUCGUGACCCACAACGCGCGCGUCACCCUCACCCACGACCAGCACCGCACCUGGAACCUGCACAUCCGCCAGGUGAAGGAGAGCGACAGCGGCUGUUACAUGUGCCAGAUCAACACCCCCGUCAUGCAGAACCAAGUGGGAUGCAUCAAGGUCCACGUUCCCCCGGACAUCAUCAACGACGAGACAUCUUCGGACACCACCGUCAACGAGGGGGACAGUGUGACGCUGCGCUGCGUGGCCGAAGGGUACCCGAAGCCAGAGAUCAAGUGGAAGAGGGAGGACAACCGACGCAUCACCCUCAAAACAUCCACCAGAGACACGGCCAAAGAGGUUGAGUCGGUACCCGGGAACAACCUCACCUUGGAUCGAGUGUCCCGGAAGCAGAUGGGAGCAUACCUGUGCAUAGCCAGCAACGGUGUGCCGCCCUCCGUCAGCAAGCGCAUCAUUGUCAACGUGAAUUUCUCGCCCGUAGUGAAGUCGGACAACCAGCUCAUCGGCUCGCCCAUCGGCACGGACGUGGAGAUAGAGUGUCACGUGGAGGCGUACCCCAAGGCCGUCAACUACUGGGAACGGGAGAACGGAGAGAUGCUGCUAGACGGGAGAAAGUACAAGUUGGACGAGAACGUGGACAUGUACCGGGUGACGAUGAAGCUGACCAUUCAAGACUUCGGGAAGGUCGACGCGGGCCAGUACAAGUGCAUCUCCACCAACUCCCUGGGCAAGGCCGACACCGCCAUCCGCCUCUACGAGAUCGAGGUGCCCACGCCGAAGUCCACCACGGAGCACCACCAAUACAACCCUUACUCUACCACGCCGCACAGCAAGUCCGUCAACCUUAUACGCACGGACAACGACUACAGGAAGAACAUCGAGGGAGGCGGCGGCGGGAUACCAGGCGGAGGAGGCGGGACAGGAGGCGUGGGAAGAAGCGGAGAAUUCAUCAACUACGGUGUUGGUGGGGAUUACAAGACUAGAGAAGACGGGAGGAAUAGACAGAGAUCGGACAGGUUGGAGUAUGACAAGACAGGGGGCAUAGAGGCGAACUACCAACCGUCGAAUGGGGAAGGGAUGGAUGGCCUGGGGAGCGACGCCUCAGCCCUCCGCCCUGGUCUUGCGUGCCGGGGGUCGGGGGUUGCAGGGGUGAUGGUGUGGGCCGUGGGUGUGGUGACGACCCGGUGGUGGUUGUUAGGGAGUCUCUUUUAGCCUGGUAUGUCCUCCUUGUGUUAACUGGUACUCGCAUUAACUAGGUACACUGGGCCGCCUGGUCCUCGUGGUAGUGUUCGGUUACCAGGCCGGUGUAGUGGUAGACGUGUGUGCCCGCCGGUGAGUCCGUGCACGUGGCUAACAUUUGCAUGUUUUGUCACCUGCCCACCUGGCCGCGUGUUAAUUAAUCUGUUGCAUCACCUGUUUGACACAAGACGUGGGUAAUAACAACAUAUUUCAUCACCUGGCUACCUGGAAACGUGUUAAUUAAUGUGCUGUAACACCUGGUAUGCGCAAGACGUGGCUAAUAACUAAAUAUUUACUUUCACCUGGCUACCUGGACGCGUGCUUUAUGAAUAUAUUUCAUUACCUGACGUGCUAACCGUGAAUAAUAAGAGCGUAUUUGAACACCUGGCUAUCUAAACAUAUGCUAAGUUAGUGUCUGCUGCAUCGUCUGGUAUACUCAAGACUCGCCAAAUAACACCGUGUUCAUCACCUGGCUACCUGUUCACGUGUUUGAUGGGCGUGUGUUCUGUCACCCAGCUAGCAGGGCGCGUGCUUAAUUGGUGAGUGUUGGGUCCAGGGCUUACUCAACAUGUGGUCAAUGAACGUAUGUUGUACAAGCUGGCGGUGCACUGCGGUGAUUAACGUGUUUGGCAUAAAAACAAGCACGAACAGGGAUAACCGACGCCAUAAAAAAAACACGGUAAACGACUUGCGUGACUAACGAAUUGAAAUACCUGGCUGAGCGGUGUGUGAUUUACUCGUAGCAUUUAGACCAUCACGAGCUGACUGUGCGGCCGACCAAGUGACUGGCAACGCUUGUGAAAACUGGUGACUUUGUGACUGUCCCGCACUUGACUGUCAGCGCCAAGAAGGAUAGAGUGUGAAUGACUGGGUGACUAACUGGUUGACAAGAUGGUCUCUACUCGAGGAUAAGAAGAGAACGAUAAUAAUAAGAAUUUAGGAACGUGGAUAUAGAGAUGAGAUGACUGUUGGCACUGAGGAGAACAAAUGGAGUGACUGGAUGACUGACACACACACUGGCUGACUAAGAUGACACUGGAUUUAGACUAGGAACAUAUGUAAAUGACUGACUAACUGACUGGUUGACUGGCUGGGAGGCUGACAAACAAAAGAAACGGCCUUGGAGACAGUCUAUCAACACUUUUAAAUCACUGACUAGCGUAUAUAACUGACUGGCUGACUUAUAAGAGGGCGGCCUCGGGGACAGUCUGGCAACACUCGUAAAUGAAAACUGGCAACCGUGGUGACUGGUCGGGCACUUGACUGGCUAAUUGGUGCACCUUUUCCAACGAAUUCCCCCGCCGGUUAAUUGGCGCCAAUGGACGGUGCCUGCGCCUCGCUUUAAUUGGUAUACAACACCGGCCUCGCUCACUCCUCCGCUAAAUGGCUCCUCCCAGGUAAACAGGUACACACGCGCACACACAUGCAUACACACAUACACACACACACAUAAAGGCACAUAGGUUACAUACAUGCAUGCGCACAGUGUCUCCAAUUACCGAAAAAAAUAGAAAAAAGGAAUUACGUGCAUUCUUACAUACACGCAAACAAGCAUGCAUAUAUACAUACAUACAUACAUACAUACUUACACACAUACAUACAUAUAUAUACACGCAUACAUACAUACAUACAUACACAAUUGCACACAAAUAAAUAAAAAAAAGAAUUUAAAUAACUUUAGGCAAACAAUACAUACCUAAAGAUCACACACACACACACACACACACACACACACACACACACACACACACACACACACACACACACACACACACAUCAAUGUACAAUAUCAUAGGAGGGGCGAGAACGUGCGUGGGGAGAGUAGUAAGGAUGGAAGGGGGAGAGGGAGAGACCGAGGGAAUGGAAAGGGGGGAGGGAGGGAGGGAGGGAGAGGGAGUCACAACCUAAUUAAUAAACAAGAGAGAGGGUCAUCCAGGCGCCGUUUGGGGGGAGGGGGGGAGAGGGAGGGAAGAAGGGAGGGACAGACUGGUGUUAUUGCAAGAAGUGGGAGGGAGACAGGGAGGGAGGGAAAGGGAGGGAGAGGAGCCUAUAUUUAACUAGCCUUUCUUAAUUACUUUCAAACUCGGGGUGGAAAAAACAUGGCAGGAGUUUUAAUAAUAAUAAUCUUCCCUGUGGUUAGUUUUAUAACGAAGAAAAUUGAGACUUUGACCACAACCUUAGAGGAGAGAAGAGGAGAGGACGAAGAAAGAGAAAGAAAAGACUUGAACUUUCACGCGACGAAAAGAAUCAAGUGUGCCACCAAGCAAGACAGCAAAGAAGAAAAAAUAGGAAAAGAAAAACUGUCCAUUGCCUCUUCGUGUCUUAUAAAUAAACUUCGCAUACUCAUAAACUUCCACAAAGGAAAACUCUCAAAGGAGAAACUAAACAAAAGAUUAUCGCCCCAUACAAUAACUACUCUAAUCAAGGUAUAUGUUUUUCUCCAAUGGACAAAACACCUAAAGAGAAGCACUAAUAAAGGACAAUGCCACCGCGCGCUACUUCCAAACUCUAAAAAUUAGAGAAAAAAAAAUCCAACAAUUAAAAGUCCCGAAUUUUUAACCAGGUGAACGGAAGGUUAAUUCACGUCGCCAGGUGGACAGGUGUGUUGGUCGAGGCAGGUAAAUGAGGGUGAGAGUGUCCCUGAGGCAGCCAGGUGCACUGAUUAACCCAGGUGUACACGACUAAGGUGUGUGUGUGUGUGUGUGUGUGUGUGUGUGUGUGUGUGUGUGUGUAUACGUGUUCAUGACAAUAGAUAAGUAUGUGUGCAUGUGCGUGUGUGUGUGUGUGUGUGUAGUGUAUAUAGUGUACAUGUGUCCAUUACUACACCCUCCCCCCCUUGCAUGCUAUCAUCCCUUGAGUGUACAUUUUUUCUCUUCCUCCACAGUCUCAUUAUGUACUCGAGGUAUAACUUCCGGCGCCGCGAAGCCGUGUGCGUGUCGGUGCAUACGAAGCGUACACAUGUAGGAAACGUGUGUGUGUGUCCUGCAUGCUCCGAGACACCCAUGUAUACAGAGGCGUGUGUACAUGUAUAAGGCAUUUUAAGGACGUUUUCUUCUCAUGGCGGCAAAGAGAGAGAGAGAGAGAGAGAGAGAGAGAGAGAGAGAGAGAGAGAGAGAGAGAGAGAGAGAGAGAGAGAGAGAGAGAGAGAGAGAGAGAGAGAGAGAGAGAGAGAGAGAGAGAGAGAGAGAGAGAGAGAGAGAGAGAGAAACACACUCUUAAAAAUAUACAAAUAAUAAUAAAGUGAAUAUGAGUGAAGAGAACGCAAAAGGAGCGGCAGGAGUUGGCGGAGCAGAGGAUGGACAGUGUAGGAGGGGGGGCGGGAGGGGGGGAAUAAGAGGGAGGAAGGAGGGACGAAGGAACGGGUGGCAUAAGGGAGAAGCGGGAGGAUUGGAGGGAAGGGAAGAAGUAAGGAGAAAAGGAAUAAAUAAGGGAGAGAGUGAAAAAACAGCAAGAAGGUACAGUUUGAUAAUCACCUAAUGUAUAGAAAUAAGAAAAAAGCAAUCAAACGUAUAUAAUCACAGAGGACUCAGGCACAUAAAUAGAAGAGCAAAAAUAGAGGAGUUAAAGGGAGAAGGGAGAAGGUGGUAAGAGGGUAAAAAGACAAACACUUAUUAAAGGAAAACAAAAAAUGGGAAGAAUCUACAAUAUCCAACACAGUAAACCAUGGGCAUAUCAAGUCUUGUAUUAUCAGUGAAUUCAGAUCCACAAAGGAGAAUAGAUAAGAGCCUCUACAUUUACUUAGCCGGAGGAGGCAACAAGGCGGCCCGGAGGAGAGCGAGUAGAGUAAUUAAAGUUAAUCAGUGGGGAGGAAGCGGCGACAAUUACAAUUAUUGAACAGCCUCUGUCCGGCCGCAUUCCAGACGGGACAGUAUCAAUUACCAGAGAGAGAGAGAGAGAGAGAGAGAGAGAGAGAGAGAGAGAGAGUGUGUGUGUGUGUGUGUGUGUGUGUGUGUGUGUGUGUGUGUGUGAGAGAGAGUAUGUGUGAGUGUGUGUGUGAGUAUAUGUGUGUGUGUGUGUGUGUGUGUAAGUGAGUGAGAGAGUAAGCGAGGAAGAGCUUAAUUAACUCAUGAUGAAUUGAUGCAGCGUUACAUUAUUCAAGUGUAUGUGCUAUGGGUGGCGGCGGCGGCGGCGGUGGUGGCGGCGACGGUGGCAGAGGUGGUGUCGUAGGUGUGGUGGUGGUGGUGGUGGUUGUGAUGGUGAUAGCAGUGGCGAUAAUGAUAUGGUGAUGAGAUUGUGGUGAUGUUGGUGGUGGUAGUGAGGACCCAUAGAGACGAACAGUGGUGAUGAUGAUGAUGAUGAUGAUGAUGAUAAUGAUUUUUUUUUUUUUUACAGUAAAGAAAGCAGCUCAAGGGCACAAAAAAUAAUUAUGAGAAAAAAAAAACGCUAAUCACUGCCCCUAUAAAUUAUGAUUAUGAUAAUGAUGACAAUGAUGAUGGUAUUAUGAUAAUGAGCAGAAAAUAGCACUAGUAAUAAUAUAAACAACAGCGAUAAUAAUGAUGACAAUAAUAAUAAUAAUAAUAAUAAUAAUAAUAAUAAUAAUAAUAAUAAUAAUAAUAAUAAUAAUAAUAAUAAUAAUAAUAAUAAUAAUAAUAAUGUUCUUUCCCUGAGCUGGAUUCGAACCCUGGUACACCUAGGAUAUAAAGGUUAGCGGGUCACCUGAAUACUAGCGGACCACUUCAAUAGCUGACACUUAGCAAGGACUUCCCCUCCCUCCUCCCCAAACGUUCCGGGCAUCUCAUAGGGGCAGCAGUUACUUACAUUUAUGGCGAGAAAAAAGACUAAUCACGAACAUUAUAACACAACUAAUAAUAAUAAUAAUAAUAAUAAUAAUAUGCCCACUUCUCCCGCCUCCUCUCGUCCCUCUCCUUCCUUAGCUAGCCAUGCCAUAAGGGUUCUGACACUCUCCCCAGCAUGAUAGGAGGAGGAGGAGGAGGAGGAGGAGAAGGAGAAGGAGGGGGAGGAGAAAGAGGAGGAGGGGGAGGAAGAGAAGGUGGCUUAGCACUCUCUUGCCUUCACGACCCCAAUAUCCUUCUUGAGCGCUGAAAAAUGGACCUUUGCUCAUUUUAAAACCGCUCUCUCUCUCUCUCUCUCUCUCUCUCUCUCUCUCUCUCUCUCUCUCUCUCUCUCUCUCUCUCUCUCUCUCUCUCUCUCUCUCUCUCUCUCUCUCUCUCUCUCUCUCUCUCUCUCUCUCUCUCUCUCUCUCUCUCUCUCUCUCAAAACACAGCAGCAGAGUGAACGGUUACAAUAUAUAAACAAAUGAUUCUACACCUUAAUGGGAUCCGAUUCUCUUCCAAAAGAUAAAAGUUCUGAUGCCAUUGUUUCCUAUAUUUAGUUUGUGAUUGCUUAGUAUUGGUAUUUCACGGCCGAUAGAGAGAGAGAAACAGAAAAAGGGAAAUGGAAAGGGAAAGGCCUGUAGAGAGAGGGAGAGAGAGAUAGACAAAUAGACAGAUAGAGAGGUAGAUAGAUAGACAGACAAACAUCCAUUCACUGUUAUUUUUCAUCUUCUCUGAGUACAACAAAUAAGAUAAGAUCAAAACACCAACAACGCUUCUUGAAAUAAACACUGAAAAACAAGUGUGAAUAUUAAAGAGACACACACGCACACAAACACACACACACACACACACACACCCUUCCUCACACUACACACACACACACACACACACACACACACACACGCACGGAAUACCCAAAUAUCUCAUCUCUCUCUGCAACAAACAUCAGGUGCAGACGUUACUGAGUUUACUUAAUUAACUCUCGUGAUGCUGAAAUCAAUCUUGGGACACAAGGAACCGAGUCUCCUUUUAUUUGCCUUUAUCUUCGCGGGACAAGACAGCGCCAUCUGCAAAUUGACUUGACACUAAGGCGAUUUACAUGCAUUUCCAUAGAUAAAAACGCACCUAUAUGAGAGAGAGAGAGAGAGAGAGAGAGAGAGAGAGAGAGAGAGAGAGAGAGAGAGAGAGAGAAUAUGUUAAGUUAGUAGAGCAGGAAAGGGAAGUCUUAGAACAGAGGAAAGGAUUUGUGGAAGGAAACAGAAGGGAACAAAUGGAGAGAAAGAGGAACUGAUUUACUGUGAAGAGAGAGAGAGAGAGAGAGAGAGAGAGAGAGAGAGAGAGAGAGAGAGAGAGAGAGAGAGAGAGAGAGAGAGAGAGAGAGAGAGAGAGAGAGAGAGAGAGAGAAUAAAAGAUGACAAGAGAAAGGAUAGUGGAAAGGUAGAGGAAAUUAAAGGCAGGAACAGAGAGAGGGAGAAGUGGAGAGAACAUGGAAGGGGAAAGAGAGAGGAGGCGGCAAGAGAGACGGAAGGAGUGAAGGCGGGAAGAGGGAAGGAGGGAAGAUGAAAGGAGGAAGGGAGGGAGGGAGGGGGAGAGGGGAAGAGGGAGAGAGGGAGAGGGAAGUGCAUGCAGAGAGCAGUACAUGAAACAUUCCUUUUGUUUCUAAUUCAAACGCGUCACAUAUACAUUUAUUUUUUGUACCUGAAAAUGAAUUCUUUGAUUUAUGUAGGAAGGCUGCCAGCACAGAGACAAGGGGGGAGGGGGGGGUAGGAGAGAGAGAGAGAGAGAGAGAGAGAGAGAGAGAGAGAGAGAGAGAGAGAGAGAGAGAGUAAAGGAGGAAGAAAGAGAAAGAGAGAGACACGGGAGAGAACGAAAGUGGAGAGUCUCGAAACGCAAUCAACGAAGAAGUGAAAAAGAAAAGAAAAAUAAAUCCUACGAAGAAGUCAACGUUUUAAAAUAUUGUUCAAACACUUUACUUACUCUUAAACAAAACAAUAAUAACAGAAACAAGCAACUAACUGCGCAAAGAGGAAAAAACAAUAACACACACACACACACACACACACACACACACACACACACACACACUAAUUCCGACCAUAAAACAAACAUAAAAACGAUAAAAAGACAAGCUAAAGCACAGCCAAAAGCCAACACUCCGACCUCUGCAAACGGGGAACUAAGUAAGGGAGGGUGGAGGAGAGGGAGAGAGGGAAGGAAGUAGGGAGGUGGAAGGGAGGGGAGAAGGGCAGGGUAAGGAGAGGAUGGAGAACAAAGGAGGAGAUAAGGGGGAGAUACGGAAGAGUGGGAGAAUCGAAUCGACACGUGCAUGAUAGGGAAAGGAAAAGGUGGAAUGGGGGGAAAGGAGCGAAAAGAGAAGAAGGGAAUUGAUGGGAAAGGAAGGAAAGGGAAAACAGGGUAAGGAGGUGGACUACAAGGAGGGAGAAGGGGAGGGAGACGACAGAGUUGGAGAAAGGUAAGAAGACAAGGGAGGGGAAGGGAAGGGGAUGGGUGGAAUGGAGGAAGUUAGGGACAAGAGUAAAGAGGCAAAGGGAAGGGAUGUAAGGAGAAGGAGAGGGAAAUCUGGGUAGGGAGAGGAUGAACUACACGAAAGGGAGCGACACGGCAAAGAGGGAGAGAGGAAAUAAGUCAUGGAAGAGAAGGGAAAUGAAUGGGUUGAAAAUAAAGAAAGAAAGGACAGGAAUGAAGGGGCGAGAGGAAGGGAAAGACAGAGGGAAGAGACUACUGGAAAAGCUAAAGAAGAAAAUGGAGAAAGAAGGAGACUGAGAAAGGGGAACUAAGUCAGAAUGAACAAAGAGAAUAAAGGAGAUGAUACAAGAUGAGGGAAGAGAAGAUAUGCAAUGUAAAAAAUGGAAAGAAAGGGAAAGAGGAAAGAAUGGGAAAGGGUAGAGAAACAGAAAAAGGGACGGAAAUGAAGGGAAAAGGGGAAAGAGAAGGCAGAAGGGGAAAGAAGUGAAGUAAAUGAUACGGAAACAGGGAAAGGAAAGGGAUGGAACAGGGCAAGGAAGGUAGAGAAAAAGAAAUAGGAAAGGAAAUGGAGGAAAGGCAUAAGAAGACAGGAUUAAACGUGGCAGCAAACGAAGGGAAGAGAGAAGAAGCGAUGUUAGUAUACAAAGGAAGAGAGAUAAGGGACAGAUAACUAUGGAAGGGAAAAAAAAUGGAAUAGGAGAGGAAAGGAAAGAGGAAAAGGCAGUAGAAGACCGGACUAAGAGAAGCUACAAACGAAGGCAAGAGAAGCGAUAGUUAGGGUACAGAGGAAGGCUAAGAGAGAGAGAGAGAGAGAGAGAGAGAGAGAGAGAGAGAGAGAGAGAGAGAGAGGGGGGAAGGGGAGGAGGGGGAAGUACGAGCAUUGUUUACAUCGGUAAGUUCCGCAUGACGCAAGGUUCACCCCCUACCUCCACCCAAGCCCCCCUCACCCCCUCAUCCCUACCGACCCCGGCACAAUAGCGCAUUGCAAAGUGCCAUCAGCCGUCUGCCUCUCCUCCGCCACUCCUGCACGAGAGAGAGAGAGAGAGAGAGAGAGAGAGAGAGAGAGAGAGAGAGAGAGAGAGAGAGAGAGAGAGAGAGAGAGAGAGAGAGAGAGAGAGAGUGUAGAUAGAAAAAAAAAAAACGAAAAAAUAUAGAAAACGGUUAUUUCUUUCACUCUGUCUCCCACUUUACGCCGUGAGAGGAGAAAGUCAUGAUGAAGCAUAUCAGAGAGAGAGAGAGAGAGAGAGAGAGAGAGAGAGAGAGAGAGAGAGAGAGAGAGAGAGAGAGAGAGAGAGAGAGAGAGAGAGAGAGAGAGAGAGAGAGAGAGAGAGAGAGAGAGAGAGAGAGAGAGAGAAGCAAGCGCACACACUGAUUACGGUUCUCUCUUUUUCUUUAUCUCUCCCUUACUCAUCUUACUCAACUCUCACUCGCUCUCCCUUUCCUUCUCCUUCAUCUAGUGUGUGUGUGUGUGUGUGUGUGUGUGUGUGUGUGUGUGUGUGUGUGUACAGAGUGA